GAAAAAUGCUACACAAAAAAAAACUAACUUACUUAUUUGAAUCAAAACUAGUCCGAACUUAAGAGAACGUGGCUUCGGGAGGGAAGUACAAUGUCUAAUUAGGCUGUAAAGCACAAAAAUCUGACACUAGACAGUGGCAGUGAACUACCCACUGUUUUGGACGUAGUGCGCAGGCGCGGGUCUGCUCCACUGGUAGUGACCCGCGAACACGUUCCAGAACCGACUAUCUUCUUCAAACUUUCACUUCGCGGCAGUGUGUGAGGUUUGAGACGAGCGGGGGGAUUCUUGUGUCAUGGCGAAGUCAACCUGCUGAUUAAUACCUCAUUUAUUUCAUCACCGACACCAAAGAUCUGAAGAUGCCCACGGAAGGUGUCCUCUCCCAGACCUUGUCCUGGGACAUCUUCAGUUCUGGCGUGGAGUCCACGGUCCUGCUGGCCAGCGUGAGUAACACCAGCAGACCAGGAGUCCCUGGCUGCACCUACAAGGAGGACUUCAAGCGAGUCCUGCUGCCCUCGGUCUACACUCUGGUGCUCCUGCUGGGUCUGCCUCUCAACGCUGCUGUGCUGCUGAAGAUGUGGAGGAGGAGACCUGGUCUGACCUGCAGCAACAUCUACAUGCUCAACCUGGCCAUGGCCGACUUCCUGUACAUGAUGUCACUUCCUCUGCUGGUUUACAACUACGCCAGUCACGACUACUGGCCCUUUGGGGACCUGGCCUGUAAGAUGGUCCGGUUUCAGUUCUACAGUAAUCUUCACGGCAGCAUCCUCUUCCUCACCUGCAUCAGUGUUCACCGCUACAUUGGCAUCUGCCACCCCCUGGCAGUGUGGCACAAGCAGGGCGGGCGGCGGCUGGCCUGGGUGGUAUGUGCAGGCGUGUGGCUGCUGGUGGCGCUGCUCUGCGCGCCAACCUUCCACUUCGCCUCCACGGGAACCCAGCGGAACCGCACGGUUUGCUACGAUUUAAGCACGCCAAAGCAGUCGGUGGACUACUACCCGUACGGCAUGGCUCUCACCUGCCUGGGCUUCCUGUUGCCUUUUAUGGGCGUGAUGGUGUGCUACUUCAGGAUGGCGCUCAAACUCUGCCGCCCGCUGUCCUACCAAGGCGUCAAUGCGCAGGCCAUGAGGGAGAAACGCGAGAAGGCGGGGAAGAUGAUCGUUGUGGUGGCGGCCGUCUUCUGCGUCAGCUUCCUGCCAUUCCACCUCACCAAAACUUUGUACCUGCUGAUCAGGACUAUGCCCAGUGUGCCCUGCGAGACCAGGAACCUCUUUUCUGUCAUCUAUAAGAGCACCAGACCUUUUGCCAGCAUGAACAGCUUCCUGGACCCCAUCCUCUUCUAUUUCACUCAGCCGCGCUACCGACAAAGUACCAGAAGGUUCCUUCUCAGAGUCACCACCCUCAGGGACAAGAGCAGCAGUCAGCCCAAAUCAUCAAGUCAACCCAUCAAAUCAUCAAGUCAGCCCCUAAAAUCAAGUAGUCAGGCCCUAAAAUAAAGUAGUCAGCCACUAAAAUCAAGUAGUCAAACCCUAAAAUCAAGUAGUCAGCCCCUAAAAUCAAGUUGUCAGACCCUAAAAUCAAGUAGUUAACCCCUAAAAUCAAGUAGUCAGCCCCUAAAAUCAAGUAGUCAGCAUCUAAAAUCAAGUAGUUAGCCCCUAAAAUCAUAUAGAGCCCCUAAAAAUAUAUAGUUAACCCAUUAAAUCACAAAGUCAGCCCCUUAAAUCAAGUAGUUAGCAUCUAAAAUCAAGUAGUUAGCCCCUAAAAUCAUAUAGAGCCCCUAAAAAUAUAUAGUUAACCCAUUAAAUCACAAAGUCAGCCCCUUAAAUCAAGUAGUUAGCAUCUAAAAACAAGUAGUUAGCAUCUAAAAUCAAGUAGUUAGCCCCUAAAAUCAUGUAGUUAGCAUCUAAAAUCAAAUAGUUAGCCCCUAAAAUCAAGUAGUUAGCCCCUAAAAUCAUGUAAAGAGCCCCUAAAAGUAUAUAGUUAACCCAUUAAAUCAUGAAGUUAGGCCCUAAAAUCAAGUAGUCAGCCCCUAAAAUCAAGUAGUUAGCCCUUCAAAUCAUGUAAAUAUCCCCUAAAAGUAUAUAGUUAACCCAUUAAAUCACAAAGUUAGCCCCUAAAAUCAAGUAGUCGGCCCCUAAAAGUAUAGUUAACCCAUUAAAUCAAGUAGGUAGCCCCUAAAAUCAAGUAGUUGGCCCCUAAAAUCAUGUAAAGAGCCCCUAAAAGUAUAUAGUUAAACCAUUAAAUCACAAAGUUAGCCCCUAAAAUCAAG